UGAGACGUCUGCUCAGUGUAUGUGACCUCAGCAUGAUGCUCUUUUACCACCUCAUUGAGGCCGGGGAUGCCAUUUAGACACCGUUCACAUUAUUGAUCAGUCAAACUACUUUUCAGGAUUACUUGUCGGCUCCUCUCCACCGUUAUUGCGGCCUGCUCGUGUCGCCCGGCCAUGGCACAGCAGGACAGAGUUGCUAAGAAGGACCCCACAGUGGCCACACUGAGCUCCCAUUUCACUGUGGGGUCAGUGUCGGAGGAAAACUCUGAAGAUGAGGGAAAGACUGACAUUCAGUUAGAAGACAAGGAUGCUCGCUCCAUUUCACCAUCAUCUGGCAGCUCAGAUAGCACGUAUGAAAUCGGAUUUGAUCAAGUGGACCUGCACAAUCUAAGGCCGAGCAUGUCAGGCCUACAUUUGGUGAAACACAGCAGAGAUCGCAGACGCAUUGAUCUACAAAGGGACUUCACUGUUGCUUCUCCUGCUGAAUUUGUCACUCGCUUUGGUGGCAACAAAGUAAUAGAAAAGGUACUUAUUGCCAAUAAUGGAAUUGCAGCAGUCAAGUGCAUGAGGUCUAUUCGUCGCUGGGCCUAUGAGAUGUUCCGUAACGAAAGAGCUAUUCGUUUUGUGGUGAUGGUGACCCCAGAGGAUCUCAAAGCUAAUGCAGAGUAUAUCAAAAUGGCAGAUCAUUAUGUACCUGUGCCUGGAGGUACCAACAACAAUAACUAUGCCAAUGUUGAACUCAUUCUGGACAUUGCAAAGCGGAUACCUGUUCAGGCUGUAUGGGCUGGCUGGGGUCAUGCCUCAGAAAAUCCAAAACUUCCAGAGCUGCUUUCUAAGAAUGGCAUUGCUUUCAUGGGUCCCCCAAGUCAGGCAAUGUGGGCUCUAGGAGACAAAAUAGCUUCUUCCAUUGUGGCUCAGACUGCUGGCAUCCCGACCCUGCCCUGGAGCGGGACAGGUCUUACUGUAGAGUGGACAGAGAACUGCCAAAAGAAAAAGCUCAUUAAUGUCCCACAUGAUCUGUAUGAACUUGGCUGCAUUCAGGAUGUAGAGGAUGGACUAAAGGCUGCAGAUAAAAUUGGGUACCCUCUGAUGAUCAAAGCCUCUGAAGGAGGUGGAGGAAAAGGCAUUCGUAAAGUCAACAUAGCAGAUGAUUUCCCUAAUCUAUUCAGACAGGUGCAAGCCGAAGUUCCAGGGUCACCUAUAUUUGUCAUGCAGCUUGCUAAACAUGCCCGGCAUUUGGAAGUCCAGAUCCUUGCAGAUCAAUACGGCAAUGCAAUUUCCCUGUUUGGUAGAGACUGUUCAGUGCAGCGGCGGCACCAAAAAAUUAUAGAAGAAGCUCCUGCUACUAUAGCAACCUCGGAUGUGUUUGAAGAUAUGGAAAAGUGUGCCGUAAAUCUGGCUAAAAUGGUGGGAUAUGUGAGUGCGGGUACAGUUGAAUAUCUCUACAGUCAGGAUGGCAGCUUUUACUUCUUGGAGCUCAACCCUCGUCUUCAGGUGGAACAUCCCUGUACAGAGAUGGUGGCUGAUGUGAAUCUGCCAGCAGCACAACUCCAGAUUGCCAUGGGUAUUCCUCUUCACCGAAUCAAAGACAUCCGGAUGCUUUAUGGGGUCCAUCCAUGGGGAGAUUGUCUUAUUGACUUUGAGGGUCUGUCCACCGCCCCAUCACCAAGGGGGCAUGUCAUUGCUGCACGUAUCACCAGUGAAAACCCAGAUGAGGGAUUCAAGCCUAGCUCUGGAACAGUGCAAGAACUCAAUUUUCGCAGUAACAAAAAUGUAUGGGGCUACUUCAGUGUGGCAGCUGCUGGUGGGCUGCAUGAGUUUGCCGACUCCCAGUUUGGACAUUGUUUCUCAUGGGGAGAGAAUCGUGAAGAGGCCAUCUCUAACAUGGUGGUGGCUCUAAAGGAACUGUGCAUCAGAGGAGACUUCAGGACAACCGUAGAAUACCUGAUCAAGUUACUAGAAACUGAAAGUUUUCAACAGAACAGUAUUGACACUGGCUGGCUUGACCGACUCAUUUCAGAGAAGAUGCAGGCGGAACGACCAGACACCAUGCUUGGAAUUGUGAGUGGUGCACUCCAUGUAGCAGACGUUAACUUGAGAAAUAGUGUGUCCAACUUUCUGCAUUCACUUGAAAGGGGCCAAGUUUUACCGGCUCACACGCUGCUCAACACUGUGGAUGUAGAACUGAUCUAUGAGGGCAUUAAAUACGUCCUGACAGUGACGCGCCAGUCUCCAAACUCCUAUGUGGUGAUUAUGAACAGCUCCUGUGUUGAGGUUGAUGUUCAUAGGCUCAGUGAUGGAGGCCUGCUGUUAUCCUAUGAUGGUAGCAGUUAUACCACUUACAUGAAAGAGGAAGUGGAUAGGUAUCGAAUUACUAUCGGAAACAAGACCUGCGUUUUUGAGAAGGAGAAUGAUCCAUCAGUGCUGCGGUCUCCUUCGGCUGGAAAACUCAUACAAUACACUGUCGAAGAUGGUGGCCAUGUUUUCACUGGGCAGUGCUAUGCAGAAAUAGAGGUUAUGAAGAUGGUGAUGACCCUUACAGCUUCAGAGUCUGGAUGUAUACACUAUGUGAAAAGGGCUGGAGCAGCACUUGAGCCAGGCUGUGUCAUUGCCAAACUACAACUGGAUGACCCAAGCAGAGUUCAACAGGCUGAGCUGUAUACUGGGGCAUUGCCUUCGAUCCAGGCUUUGGCUCUAAGGGGAGAAAAGCUCCACAGAGUCUUUCACAACACACUGGAUCAUCUGGUUCACAUAAUGAAUGGCUUUUGUCUUCCUGAGCCUUUCUUUGGUGCCAAGUUAAAAGAGUGGGUUGAACGACUAAUGAAGACAAUGCGUGAUCCAUCUUUGCCGUUGUUGGAGCUCCAGGACAUCAUGACCAGUGUGUCAGGGCGCAUCCCUCCUGCUGUGGAGAAGGCCAUCAAGAAGGAGAUGGCUCAGUAUGCCAGCAACAUUACCUCUGUGUUAUGCCAGUUCCCCAGUCAACAGAUUGCAAAUAUCCUUGACAGCCACGCUGCCACCCUGAACAAAAAAUCAGAGAGAGAAGUCUUUUUCAUGAACACCCAGAGCAUCGUCCAGUUGGUUCAAAAGUAUCGCAGUGGGAUCAGAGGUCAUAUGAAGGCAGUGAUGAUGGAUUUGCUCAGACAAUAUUUAAAAGUAGAGAUCCAGUUUCAAAAUGGACACUAUGACAAGUGUGUGUUUGCUCUGCGGGAGGAAAACAAAGGUGACAUGGCCAAUGUGCUCAACUACAUCUUCUCUCAUGCACAAGUCACCAAAAAGAACCUGCUGGUCACUAUGCUCAUAGACCAGCAGUGUGGCCCUGAUCCCACACUGACGGAUGAGCUGAUGACCAUAUUGACGGAACUUACACAACUUAGCAAAACAACCAAUGCCAAAGUGGCACUGCGUGCUCGCCAGGUACUCAUAGCUUCACAUUUACCGUCAUAUGAGCUUCGGCACAACCAAGUGGAGUCCAUUUUUCUGUCCGCCAUCGACAUGUAUGGACACCAGUUCUGCAUUGAGAACCUUCAGAAAUUGAUCUUGUCAGAGACCUCCAUCUUUGAUGUUCUGCCCAACUUUUUCUACCACAGUAAUCAGGUGGUAAGAAUGGCUGCACUAGAGGUUUACGUGCGAAGAGCCUACAUUGCUUAUGAGCUCAACAGUGUCCAGCACAGACAGCUGAAGGAUAACACAUGUAUAGUAGAGUUCCAGUUCAUGCUCCCCACCUCUCAUCCAAACAGAGGGAACAUCCCCACUCUAAACAGGAAACCUUUUGCUCCGGUCCGGGAUUUUAUAAGAGCCUUGGAGUUAAGGAUAGAGGAAGCUAGAUCACAGGACUUUAAUGAAAAAAAUAAUAAGGCUAAGGAUGAAAAUUCUGAGAGGAUUGAUGGCCCUGUAUCGGAUUCUUUGGAAAGGAUGUCAUUCUCAUCCAAUCUCAACCAUUAUGGCAUGGUACAUGUGGCCAGUGUCAGUGACGUUCUGCUAGACUCAUCCUUUACUCCUCCAUGUCAGCGAAUGGGAGCCAUGGUGUCCUUCCGCAGCUUCCAGGAGUUCACCAAGAACAUUACAGAUGUGUUGAGCUGCUUUUCUGACUCUCCACCACCAAGUCCAACAUUUCCAGAGGGAGGUAAUCCAGUGUUGUAUGGUGAAGAAGACAACAAGAGCAUUCAAGAUGAGCCAAUCCACAUUCUAAAUGUUGCCAUAAAGACGGAUAGUGACAUUGAUGAUGACGGUCUGGCAGCCAUGUUCCGGGAGUUCACUCAGUCGAAGAAAUCACUGCUGUUUGAACAUGGCAUCCGCAGGCUGACCUUCCUUGUUGCCCAGAAAGAUUUCAGGAAGCAAAUCAACUAUGAGGUGGACCAAAGAUUUCAUAGAGAAUUCCCAAAGUUCUUCACAUUCCGUGCCAGAGACAAGUUUGAAGAGGACAGGAUCUAUCGUCACUUGGAGCCAGCACUUGCCUUCCAGUUGGAGCUUAAUCGCAUGCGUAAUUUUGCACUGACCGCUAUCCCGUGUGCCAACCAUAAGAUGCAUUUGUACCUUGGUGCAGCCCGUGUCGAAGUGGGUACAGAGGUCACAGAUUACCGCUUCUUUGUGCGAGCCAUCAUCCGACAUUCUGAUUUGGUCACGAAGGAGGCCUCUUUUGAGUAUCUCCACAAUGAGGCAGAGCGGCUGCUACUUGAAGCCAUGGAUGAACUUGAAGUAGCUUUUAAUAACACAACUGUGAGAACGGACUGCAACCAUAUCUUUCUCAAUUUUGUGCCCACUGUCAUUAUGGACCCCUCAAAGAUCGAGGAGUCUGUCCGCUCUAUGGUGAUGCGAUAUGGCAGUCGAUUGUGGAAGCUGCGUGUCCUUCAAGCCGAGCUGAAAAUAAACAUCCGCCUGACGCCAACUGGAAAACAGAUCCCCAUUCGCCUGUUUCUGACCAAUGAAUCGGGCUAUUACCUGGACAUCAGCCUCUAUAAGGAGGUCACUGACUCUAGGACGGGACAGGUGGGGCCCAAAGAUGGUCAGAUUAUGUUCCAGGCAUAUGGAGAUAAACAAGGACCUCUUCAUGGGAUGCUCAUCAACACGCCCUAUGUGACCAAAGAUCUGCUGCAGUCCAAAAGGUUCCAGGCACAGUCUCUUGGCACCACCUACGUCUAUGAUUUCCCUGAAAUGUUCAGACAGGCUUUAAAAAAGUUGUGGCACCAAACCCAGAAUUUUGCCCAUCUACCCAAACCCCCUCUACCUUCUGAGAUGUUGACAUUCACUGAGCUGGUGCUGGAUCCACAAGGCCAGCUGGUGCAGAUGAACAGACUUCCAGGAGGCAACGAGAUUGGAAUGGUGGCCUGGAGGAUGACCCUGCGUACUCCAGAGUAUCCCGCAGGCCGUGAGAUUAUUGUCAUAAGUAAUGACAUCACACACAAGAUUGGCUCUUUUGGACCCCAGGAGGACAUGCUAUUUCUGAGAGCAUCAGAGAUGGCACGAGAGAGUGGCAUCCCGCGCAUUUACAUCGCCGCCAACAGUGGAGCUCGGAUCGGCCUGGCAGAGGAGAUACGACACAUGUUCCAUGUAGCCUGGCAGGAUCUCGAUGACCCAUAUAAGGGCUUCAAGUAUCUGUACCUAACACCACAAGAUUACAAAAAGGUUUCCGCUCUAAACUCUGUGCAUUGUGAACAUGUGGAAGAUGAGGGAGAAUCCAGGUACAAGAUCACAGACAUCAUUGGGAAGGAUGAGGGGCUGGGUGUGGAGAAUCUCAAAGGCUCAGGGAUGAUUGCUGGAGAGUCAUCUCUAGCCUAUGAAGAGGUUAUUACUAUGAACCUGGUCACGUGUCGGGCCAUAGGCAUUGGGGCGUAUCUGGUGAGGCUUGGGCAGAGAACUAUUCAAGUGGACAAUUCACAUAUUAUCCUAACUGGAGCUGGAGCACUCAACAAGGUGCUGGGCAGGGAAGUGUACACAUCCAACAACCAGCUUGGUGGGAUUCAGAUCAUGCAUAACAACGGUGUGACUCACAACACCGUAUGUGAUGACUUUGAGGGAGUUUUCACACUUCUGCAAUGGUUAUCCUAUAUGCCCAAGUGUAAAACAAGUCCAGUACCUGUCAUCGCUGCCAAAGACCCUAUAGACCGGCCAGUGGAUUUUGUUCCUACCAAAGCUCCUUAUGAUCCUCGCUGGAUGUUGGCAGGGCGUCCUAGCCAGACACCAAAGGGUUCCUGGCAAAAUGGCUUUUUUGAUCAUGGUUCCUUUAUGGAAAUCAUGCAACCUUGGGCACAGAGUGUUGUAGUGGGCCGAGCAAGACUAGGGGGGAUACCAACCGGAGUGGUAGCAGUUGAAACUAGAUCUGUAGAAUUGUCCAUCCCAGCUGAUCCAGCCAACCUGGACUCUGAGGCCAAGAUAAUUCAGCAGGCUGGACAAGUGUGGUUCCCUGAUUCUGCCUUUAAAACAGCCCAGGCCAUCAAGGACUUUAACAGGGAGGGCCUACCUCUAAUUGUAUUUGCUAACUGGAGAGGCUUUUCUGGAGGAAUGAAAGACAUGUAUGACCAGGUGCUGAAGUUUGGAGCUUACAUUGUGGAUGGCCUCAGAGAGUACAUGCAGCCAGUGCUGGUGUACAUCCCUCCACAGGCAGAGCUGAGGGGGGGCUCAUGGGUGGUCAUCGACCCAACCAUCAACCCUCGCCACAUGGAGAUGUAUGCUGACAAGGACAGUCGUGGAGGAGUACUGGAGCCUGAGGGAACAGUGGAGAUCAAGUUUAGGAGGAAAGAUCUUGUGAAGACCAUGAGACGAGUAGACCCUAUUUAUAUGAGCCUGGCUGAACGACUAGGAACUCCAGAGCUGAGCCCUCCGGAUCGUAAAGAACUAGAGACCAAGUUGAAGGAGCGUGAGGAGUUUCUGUUGCCCAUCUAUCACCAAGUGGCUGUGCAGUUUGCAGAUCUUCAUGAUACUCCUGGACGCAUGCAAGAAAAAGGUGUAAUUACGGAUAUACUUGAAUGGCAGACUUCUCGUCAGUUUUUCUAUUGGCGUCUGCGUCGGCUGUUGCUGGAGGAUACGGUGAAGAGAAAAAUCCAAAUGGCCAACACAGAGCUGACGGACGGACAAAUCCAGGCUAUGCUGCGCCGCUGGUUUGUGGAGGCUGAAGGGGCUGUGAAGGCUUAUCUAUGGGACAACAACGAGGAGGUGGUGAUCUGGUUGGAGAAACAACUGGCUGAAGAAGAGGGUGCUCGCUCUGUCAUCGAUGAGAACAUCAAAUAUAUCCGGCGAGAUCACAUUCUUAAACAGAUCCGCAGCCUUGUCCAAGCCAAUCCUGAAGUUGCCAUGGAUUCAAUCGUUCACAUGACUCAGCACAUCUCCCCGACGCAAAGAGCCGAGGUGGUGCGGAUUCUGUCCACAAUGGAAUCAGCCUCGUCCUAACAAGAGCGUACCCUCUGCCCCCCCAUCAUUCCCCCUGGACGAAGCUCAGGUUUACGCAAGGGAGGGUCCCAUUUGGUACUAUUUUUCUGAGCAUGGAGGAGCCAACAUGAAGUCCCAGGCAGUUCUCUGGUUACUGAUGAACUGUUGGCUGUGAUCCCCAAAUAGCUUAAAUUCACUUGAAGAUAACAUUAUAGGAUGUAUUUUAGAGAUUGAUAAAAUACGCUGACCAUUGCAGUGGACAGGUAAUGAUCAUGAGGAGUAAACAAUGACCCAAUUUUUUUCCUGACAGAUGUGCUGUAGCUCAAAUUCUUGCAAAGAAAAAGGUUUGAUUGGAUAUAGCAAGUGAUACAAUGCUAUGUAUAUCACACUUGAUACUUAUGUAGCUGAAUAUUGGACACAAUGACUACUUAGGGCUGGGCGAUAUGGCAAAAAAUGCAAUCGUGAUCUCAUCCUUACGACAAUGUACUAUUUUGGUGAUAUUGUCAUCAUUCAGUUUCUCUAUUUAAUGCAGUUCUAGGCAUAUUCUCAGCUACUCCUCCUAUUGGUCAGCCUCUGUCCUGCUCUGAGUGAUUGACAGGUGGAUUUAACCAGUCACAGUGAAGAGUGAACGCCCAAGAGCAGGAGAUGAUAUGAGUUCGCUCCCACGGCUCUUUAAACAUGCUAGAUGACUCGUGAUAAAAAUCUUAAAAAUUGUGAUCUGGCUGUUAGAAUCGUGAUUUUAUUUUUUAUUUUUUUGCAUACCGCCCACCCCUAUGGUUACUACAAAUCGAUGUCUGGUUAGUGUAUUUGACAUAUUUUAUGUGUGUAAGAAUAACUGAUGACAGACAAUGUCUAGAAAGCGUAUAGGGUCGGAUAUUUUUUGGCUUUGAUAAUCAGCUGCCUCUUUUUUCUAAUGUGCAGUUCAGAUAAUGACUAUCGCUGCCUACUUUGGUUUUUGACAUACGCUUGCACCAGACUGGCAAGCGCUUUGAUGACCGACGAAUUGACAAAAGACAACACAUUUUCCUGGAGGCGUUGGCGAGGAAAAAAGGGAAUUUUAACAAUCAAGCAGGGAGCACUUAGUUACUGAAGAAAGACGAGGAACACUAUAAUAGAGUUGGACAGGGCAGCUCAGCAGGGAGUAGGGAAGCGUCCCCUUUUAGACUGGGGGCUUGUAGAGGUUUCCCUGCAGUGAGCCAUGGGCAGUGCGCCACACAACAAAACCACAGCUGCCCCUUCUGUUCACACUCAAACAGUUCACAUAUGCUGCACUUUACCGCCAUGUUUCCGCACACUACUCCUCACUCACGCAUCUGAUGAAUAGACAUUACACGCACAAAGUAAUAGCUGUAACAAGGAAGGUGCAAAUUGAGGGCAUGCUCUUGGCAAACACCUGAAUCUGUAGGGUAUUUUGACUUAAUUUUUAUUUGUGAAAUACUAACCACCAUUAUGUUUUUCAUUCUCUGGCUGAAUUUAAAUUGAAGUAAAUCAUCAUAUGGCAAAAAAAUUGGCAAAAUGAAUUGGCCUUAAUACUUCUAUUUAUUUCAUAUUUGGUAACACUUUAGAAUAACUACACUUUUAAUAAUCUUUAAAAGCAAGAGUAAAGACUUAUAUCAUAGUAAACAAAUAGUUUAUUAGGAAUGAUUCAGGCUCAUCAAGUAGUAGUCCAACUCCUAACCCCUUAGUAAACUCUUGUCCAUUAUAAAUGUGUUCAUGGGUUAUUAAGGUCAAUUAAGGUGUAGUUAUGAUAAAUAGUACCUCAUAUUUUGAAAACAUCUGCUGUUUCUAGUUAAUGAAUUUACGAGGUGUUUUUAAAAGAUUUAUUUACCUCUGUGUGUGGAUGUUUUAGGGUAUUAAUCAUUGUUUUGGGUUUGACUGUAAAUGUUUGCGUGAAAGAACAAAAGUUACUUUUUAUUCAAUGUUACAUGUCUUAAAAUGAAACUAAUUUAAAUGUAACAUAUGAAUGAACUAUUUAAUGUAUAUGCAAUGUUACUUAGUUUUAUGAUACAUUUUCUAAUUGCAUAAGUCCUUCCCUUGAGUGACUAACAGAAAACGUGAGUUAUAAUUACUGUAAUUUUCAUGCUUUUUAGGGUACAUAAUGUUGAGAGUGCACAAAGCUUGUAAAUGUUUCCUCUAGUGAUGUGCCUUUAAUUUCUUGUAUUAAGUCCAGUUGCUGUGUAAUUGACUGGGCUUUUCCGUGUAGAAUGAACGUUAUCGACCGUAACUUCAACAGUGACCUCUAAAUGUGUUUAAAAAAAUAAAGCCGAUCUAAUUUCAGAA